AUGGACAAGGUCAACAUUACGGGGUUGAAGGCGCUGCGGAAUGAGAUGAUAACGUUCGUCAAGGAGCACGUCGCCCAGAAACGGGCGGGUCAUGUCGGAAUUGUGGCCGACGCCUGUGACGACGACGGCGACGAUCCCCCUUUGGCAUCCCAAGCUGUAGGUGUCGCCCACACCGUCCACGAUGUGCGGGGGACUUCGCUCAGAGAGCCCGGAGGCGACGUCGACAUGGCAGAUGAGGAGGCAGGAAGGGCGGUGACUGGGAACGCGGAGAAACACCAGGACGACAACGUGGAUGGGGCAGAGGAGGAUGAUAACGAGGGUCAGGAAUACGAGGACCGUGGGAAUCGUGAGGAGGAGGAAGAGGAGGUGGGGGACGAGGAGGAGGAGGAGGAGGAGGAGGAGGAGGAGGAGGAGGAGGAGGAGGAGGAGAAGGAGGAGGAGGAGGAGGAGGAGGAGGAGGAGGAGGAGGAGGAGGAGGAGGAGGAGGAGGAGGAGGAGGAGGAGGAGGAGGAGGAUGAUGACGGGCAGGAUGAGUUAUCGGCGUCGGAGGAGGAGGACGCCGAUGUCGGGGAGGCGGAGAACCAGCAAGAGGGGGAGCAAGAGGAAGUGGUGGAGUGGGAGAUAGUUGAGGAGGUCGUGGAGUGCGACGAAGGAGCAGCGAAAACGGGUGGGGGGUCGGCGGAUGUUGUGAACGGGGGAGUGGAUGAUGCCGACGAGGCCGGCGUGGAGGCGGCACCCGGGGGGAGUGAGAAGGUAGUGGUCAGCGAUGUGGUUGGCGUCAUGAAGGAAGUUGUCGACCUCGAUGCCGGUUAUGAAGGGAAUAAGGCUGCGGCAACGAAGCCGAUGGGCAUGGAAGGGCCUACCGAGGCCAAGUCCGUGGGGGAGCAGUCAAGGAAGAAGAAGGCGGCGCGUGGUCAUCCCGGUUCCGCCGCGUCAGGUCGGCAAGCACCGCUGGACGUCGUCGAGCAGCUGCGAGCGGAGAACAUGAGGUUGAGGGCCGACAACGCACGCCUGCAAAAGUCACUCGGUGACCAGACGGGACAGGUCGACAUCUUGGCGAAGGCGGUAGCUGGACUCCUCAAGAAGCUCACGGCGCUGACCGCCCAGAACGCCGCCACCGAUCAGAAUGCGUCUAAACGUAUCGAUGUCGCCACUUCGUCCAUGUCGACCACUAUUGCCGACAUCAUCACCAACAACAUCUCCGAUGCCAUCGACGCUACGAAGUCUGUCGGCCAAAGGGUAGUGGAUUGGCUGAAGGAGAUUGACGGUCCCCAAGGAACGAUGGCAGUCGAACGCACAAAAGCGGUAACCUGUGUGGUCGAGCACCAGGAAGCUUUGUGGAAAGGCUUGGAGGAGACCAUCAUCAGCCACAUCGGCGCUGCGCAAGCCAACAUUGCCGCCGCGGUUUCAAGCAACAUCGUCCUGCCGCCGCCGUCAACUCCUCCCGCCCCAACUCACGCCAUUCCGGAAGAGUUCCUUAAGGCGUUCAAGGCCGACGUGCUGAAAGCGGUGAUGGAGGUCACACAGCAGUCGUUUGUUGCGUCCGGGAUGAAGGCAAUAACCGAGAUGAUCGGCAAUGCGGCGCCUGGUCGACGUGAGUCCAGCGCGCCGGUCGGCCAGUCAGCCGACAACAACGAUGGGCCGGCCCUUGCGCCAACUCCAGCUCCAGUAGGCCGGACUGCUGCCGCGGGCGACGCGAAGGACGCUGCGGCUAACCGCGAUGCUCCGGCCGCCAAAAAGCCGGAUGCACUCAGAGAACUGCACCACCGCAUGGAGGCCCAUCGCAAGGACGUGCAGCAGCCUCCCUCGGUCGAUGCCGCCCCUCUCGAAACAGCGCGUCCGUCGGUCGCUCCGCAGGUAGCCACCACAACGUCCAACGCCCCAACUACCACGCCUCAGGUCGCAGCCCGUCCUCCCGCAGACCCAAAGUCUGCAUUGCUUUGCGCCCGGUUAGGCGCACGUAGUGCGGCUGCACCAACACAGACUCAGCCGGAAGCCGGCUCAAGCGCGAAGCCGACGUCGGUAGGCGUUGCGGCUCCCACACCCGGUGCAGCUGUUGUCGAUGCAGCGGCGGAGAAGGGCGUGAGUGCAGCGCUAGCCACCGGUGGCGGAGGCGGUGACCCUACACUGGCGGCGAAGGGCCACGAAGACGCCGACCUCGCUGCCAUCCAGAACCUAUUGGAAGCGGUACAUCGCCCCGGGCCCCCACCGGCGCUGGCCAUCUCAGACACGGCGCAUGUGGAGCCCUCGACGAGUCCCCCAGGUGGUUCGGCGCUGCCAAAGACGACCACUGGGACUGUCGGCGACGGAAAGGCGAAGCGGAAUGGGAAGGCCGACACAGGGAUAGGGAGGGCGAGCUCUCAAAGGAAAACAAGGGCGAAGUCGGCGGUGGAGGAGAAUCAGGAAGAGAGGUCGGUCGGCGAGGGUACGUCGGCGAAGACAGGGAAGGAGAAGGCGGCGGAGUAUCGGGAUGAGAAGGUCGGGGUCGGCGAGGGUAGGCCGGCGAAUAAAGGGAAGGAGAAGGAGGAGAAGAAGAAGAAGAAGGAGCAGGAGGAGAAGGAGGCGGAGGAGAAGGAGAAGGGACGGAAGGGUCAUGGCAUCCGCCACGACAGCUCGGGCGACGGGUUAGGGUGGGUGGGCGAAAUUAAGGUGCUCAAUCACAAUCGAUACAUCGGCAAGUCGCGCGACAAGAUGGAGCUGGCGUACCUGCACUCGUUUGCUUACAUCGUCUACGACGGUUACGUCAGCAAGGUCCUCAUGGACGAGCUCACCGGCUUGAAGGACGCCGAGAUGGAGGAGUGGAGGAGGGUGUGGGAGGAGGUCAGGAUCCUGCCGACAGAGAUGUGGACGGUGAUAUGGGCACGGGGCGCAUACCUUCCACAAACACGGUUCGAUGACAUCCUCGGCAUGUAUCGAGCGUACAAGAGCUCAGGCGACGCGCACCACGACGCGCUCUUGCCGGCAAUCUGGUUCCCCGUCGAUGCCGACACGAAGGAAGGCCAGAAGAAGGCGGAUGCUAUGAUGUCGGCCUUGAUUUGUUGCAUCUCCAUGUGCGCGGCGUAUGGGAAGGUCGCUGCGAGCGUUGCGGAGAAGACGGAGCUGGUGGCAGCUUGCGCCUUGUGGAGCUUUGUCGAGAACGAUGACGCCGACGUGGUCGAUGCUGUGGGAGAGGGGAAGGCGGCAGCGAUGGUGGUCGGUGCGAGCGAGACGACCGCAGAUGUCUUCAAAAAAGUCAUGAAGGCGGUGCUUCAGGCCGAGAUCGACAGGGAGCAACCCGUCGGGGAGGUCGCGCACAACGUCGCGCCGGCGCUGCAGAGCCUCGUCCUGCAAAGGAUCUAUCCGGGGAGGGAUCCAGAAGUCGAAGCCGUCGUGAUCGCUAGAGCGAUGGUGGAGACCAUGGCGUUUUGGGGAAUGUGCCCCGUCGCCGGGCCGAAACUUGAGGAGGUCGGCAUCACUGUGCCGUGUGACACGCAGAUGGAGCACGAUUUUAAAGAGAGGGGGAAGCAGGGGCAGAGGGGCAAGCAGGGCAAGGACAGCACGGAGAAGAAGAAGGGGAAGAAGGGCAGGAAGGGCAACACGAAUGCGUAG